CAGAAAUUCUCUUGUAUGGCCAACACGUGAGUAUUGCGCAAUGCCCGCUAGCUGCGUUCGGUCUUUGAGCUUCGCUGCAGAGGGUCUUAGAAAAGCGUAAGAGCGCCUCACUGCCCCUCCAACUCCUGCUUGCUAUUUUCAUCGCAACGAUUGCAUUUUCAGAUACCCGUCUUCAAGACACACUCACAUUUCAUACCACAAAAUGUCUAACGAGACUAUCCGUCUGGGCAGCACUGCUCCCAACUUCAAGGCCGAGACCACACAGGGCCCUAUCGACUUCCACGAAUUCAUCGGUGACAACUGGGUCAUUCUCUUCUCCCACCCCGAGGACUACACACCCGUCUGCACUACCGAGCUUGGUGCUUUCGCCAAGCUUGAGCCUGAGUUCACCAAGCGCGGCGCAAAGCUCAUUGGUCUCUCUGCCAACACCAUUGACAGUCAUGAGGGUUGGAUUAAGGACAUUGAUGAGAUCUCCGGCUCUCAGCUGAAGUUCCCCAUCAUUGGUGACAAGGAGCGCAAGGUCGCACUUGCCUACGACAUGAUCGACCACCAGGAUGCCACCAACGUUGAUUCUAAGGGCAUUGCGUUCACCAUCCGCUCUGUCUUCAUCAUCGACCCCAAGAAGACCAUCCGUCUCAUCCUCUCUUACCCCGCCUCCACUGGCCGCAACACUGCUGAGGUCCUUCGUGUCCUCGACAGCCUGCAGACCGGCGAUAAGCACAGGAUCACCACCCCCAUCAACUGGGUCCCUGGUGACGAUGUCAUUGUCCACCCUGGCGUCAAGAACGAGGAGGCUAAGACUCUCUUCCCUGACUUCAGGAUUGUUAAGCCCUACCUCCGAUUCACUCCUCUCCCCAAGGAGAAGACCACUGCCGCAUGAACGUCUCAACUGACCGGUGGGCACUGCGGGAGCUGCAUGAAGCUCUCGGAGUAGAUACGGAGAAUACAAGCAUCGGGCAUCGUAGAUGGCGAGCUCAAUUUUGGGCUGUUACCUGAAAGGGCUGGCUCUAAUAACUAGACCUUGUGCCUUCCGAUUGAAGUGGGGUGUUUUUGGGCAUCCGAUUUUGUAGAUGUUCGUGGACUCGAUUUACUUCGUAGGGCUGAAACGCUCGGCAUAAUAAAAACCAUUAAUGACCCCUG